AGCGUGCGCGCCGCUUUGGGAGGAAGUGCGGCUCUCGCGAUGAGACAUAAUGGUGGAUAGGUAGAGAAUGUGUUAGCUCGCUAACAGGCGUCCUUUAGCUCUUGGUCGAUUUCCAGUUGUUGUCUUGGACUCUUCGUCUCCUCUGACUCGACAAUUGCUCGGUUCCGCUGCCCGCUCGCAGUGAACGACGUGCUGGACCGGGUCAACAUGCCCAACAUAAAAAUAUUUAGCGGCAGCUCUCAUCCAGACUUAUCGCAGAAAAUAGCAGACCGUCUGGGUCUGGAACUGGGGAAGGUGGUCACCAAGAAAUUCAGCAACCAAGAAACAUGUGUGGAGAUUGGAGAGAGCGUGCGUGGGGAAGAUGUCUACAUCGUUCAGAGCGGCUGCGGAGAGAUCAAUGACAAUUUGAUGGAGCUGUUGAUCAUGAUCAAUGCCUGUAAGAUUGCCUCAGCCUCCAGGGUCACUGCUGUCAUCCCCUGCUUUCCUUACGCCCGUCAAGACAAGAAGGACAAGGUGGGGAGCCGUGCUCCUAUCUCUGCAAAGUUGGUUGCCAACAUGUUGUCAGUGUCCGGCGCUGACCAUAUCAUCACUAUGGACCUGCAUGCCUCACAGAUCCAGGGUUUCUUUGAUAUACCAGUGGACAACCUGUAUGCAGAGCCUGCUGUGCUGAAAUGGAUCAAAGAGAACAUCCUCGAGUGGAAAAACUGCAUCAUUGUCUCACCUGAUGCAGGCGGAGCCAAGAGGGUCACCUCAAUAGCGGACAGGCUGAAUGUGGACUUUGCUCUCAUUCACAAGGAGAGGAAAAAGGCAAAUGAGGUGGACCGCAUGGUUCUUGUUGGAGAUGUGAGAGAUCGAGUUGCCAUUCUAGUGGAUGACAUGGCUGACACCUGUGGAACAAUCUGUCAUGCUGCUGACAAACUAAUUUCUGCUGGUGCCACCAAGGUGUACGCCAUAUUAACCCAUGGCAUCUUCUCUGGCCCUGCCAUCUCGCGCAUCAACAAUGCCUGCUUUGAAGCUGUAGUCGUCACCAACACAAUCCCCCAGGAGGAGAAGAUGAAGCAUUGUUCUAAGAUACAGGUCAUUGACAUCUCCAUGAUCCUGGCAGAGGCCAUUCGUAGAACUCACAAUGGCGAGUCCGUCUCAUACCUGUUCAGCCACGUUCCCUUGUAACACAAGGUGUCCUCCAUCGACUGUGCUGUUACACCAAAUUCACUGCAGAGAGACGUCACCAACCAAAAAUCAUAACCACUGGCAAAGUUCAACUAAUCGGGAAAAAAAAUGGAACUUACAUUUGUUACUAUCACUGACCCCUGCUCACUUUAACCCCUCCCCUUUGAACAGCAACUCAUCGAAUCAGGUGCGCUAAAGCAAUUGCAAGCUUUUGUUUCAGUUCAGCACAUUUAUAGUACAUAAGUCUCUGUCCUUUGCAAGAGUAAUUUCAGUCUGACAUUGAAGAGUUUAUUUUAAAAAGAAACUAAUUGAGAGGUUCCAGUGGUCAGGAGAAUCGCCUUUCAUAUAAAGCUGUUACAGUGCUUUUUGUUACAAUGAAUGAGUGUACUUUUUAAUGUAGCUGUUGUGUCCUUUGCUGUUGGUAAAAAUAAUACAUAAUAUUGACGUCUCAUGAAAAACGUUUACAGUGCCACUAAGCGUCGCUCACCCAGGGGUGUCAGCAGUCUGAAAUGAAAAUGCUUUUUAUUGUUGUUGCUGUUGGUCCACUCCAGCGCCUCCACAACUCUUGCUCAGUUUAUUCCUGUACUGGGUGACGACUUUUCACGUUUUUGUUCUCAAGUAGUGUAACAUUUUAACUCUUGAGGCGCUGUCAUUAAGUGGGGGUUUGCCUGUUGUUUGGGGUUUACCUUUACAGGUUCUACAGAUUGAAGGCCUUUCUGCUAAGAAACUGUUGGGUUUUUAAGCUUGGGCUCUUUGCAGAUUGGAGUUUCCUUCAGAAAUGAUUGUGCUUUCCCCUCCCUCUUUGUUCUUAUGAAUGUCUGGAGGAAGAGUUUGUUACCUUGCAUAUUCUAAAUAUUGUUUACGUUUUCAGUAGAUGGAAUAUGCCAAGUAUCUUAUUGAAGAUAUGUUCUUAAUUAAAAAUGCUUUAAAUCU